AUGUCUCUCAAGUUCUGUUUCAGCAAAGUGAAAACCGAGAACCCAUUUCUCAGAGAUUUCAAGCUCUCUAAAGUUUGUUGUCAAGGAAGGGAAGAGAAGAAAAGCUUACAGAUGCAAGGUUCUGAUCCUGAUGUAGAAGCAGCUUCAGAUGUCCAGGUUGAUCUGGAAAAUGGGUGGCCGAUCUCGGACGUGAAAGUUUCAGGGCGCAGCAAAAGCUCGAAUCUUUCGAUCGAGAUCCCAAUUGGACCAGCACCUUGUUAUGCCGACAGCUGCAUUGGGAAAGCCAUACUCCACUGCCACAGCUUGCGGGUCAAGAUCAACAGCUCCAUAUUCGACCUCGGCGGCGGCGGUGGUGGACGGAGGAGCUUCUGCCUCAGUUCACACUCCACAGCUCCUCCGGACAGUCCAACCAAGAACAGACAAUCAUCCGUGGCACAGCUCUGCUGGCGAGAAUGCAAAUCGCUUCCCGCCACACCCACGUCUCCAUCUCGCCCUUCUAUCUACAUCUCGGCACCAGGCUCAGAACGCCGGCCGUCCACCCAGAAAGACCAGCAGCUCCUCGUCGAUCCUUCCAAAGAUCCAAAGUUCCCAACGAUCGUCAUCGACAGCGGCCACGACAGAAAAUUUUCCGAAGACGACGAAGCCGGGAUCUGCAGGAUCUGUCUAGACACGAUGAGGGAAGGGAUCAAAAUGAAAAUGGCGUGCAGUUGCAAAGGCGACCUCAGGCUGGUGCACGAAGCUUGCGCGGUGAGUUGGUUCAGAACAAAAGGGAACAAAAUCUGCGAGAUAUGCGAUCAGGAGGUUACCAAUUUGCCGGUGAUCGAGUUUCGGGAAGACAGCCCCGUGAAGACCGAAGAAGAAACCGAGGACCUAGAUACCCAGAACUGGGCGAUGAAUGAAAAAAGUUCAGUGCAGGAGUUUCUGUGCCUGGUGCUGAUGAGCACGAUAGGGUACUUCUUCGUCCUGGAGCUUCUACUGGUUCAAGAGAAGACGUCUCGUGGGCUCUCAAUUGCAGCCCCAUUUGCGUUUGGCUUGGGGAUUCUGGCAUCAAUCUUUGCAGUCAUCCUAGGAGUGAAAGAGCAAGUAUGGAAAUAUGCAGUACUAGAGUUUGCGCUCGUGUCCGUGAUAAUCCACCUCUCUUCCAUCAUGCUAAACGUGGAACCAGUGUACUCCAUAAUGCUGGGUUCAGUUAUCGGUAUGGUGUUUGCCAUGGGCAUAAACAUCUUGGUUAGGCAUUGCACUACUCCAACUAACAACGACAUCUAGAAGUUUUGGAGGAUAACUGUGGUAUUCGAUCCAGUCUCCACAACUGUAGAUUUUCAGUUCAGAUUCAUCCAUCUUAUAGAAGCAAUCAGCUAGAGUUUGUUGGUGCCAGUUCAGUGCUACCAUUGGAUGCUUUUGGAAGACAAAACAGUAUAGAAAGCAUGUUACAAAAGGGCAUUAUUUCAUUUGUAUUCAUUCCCUAA